UAUUUUAUUAUAAACCAUAACUUGCGACAAAGGUAGUAGCGAUAUAUCGUUCAAGAUCGAGUCAUAUAACGUUGCUGGAAUAAAGCGUAAUUCCGGUGAAUUCUUUUCUGGAGGUGUUUUGUGUAUUCGCUCUGUAUCUUCCGUUUCUGGCUUUUUGUUAAGUACAGCGAAUCCAGUUGAGUUGCUGCGAUGAUGUUGCAGCGGAACGGAGUGCCUUUAUUUGCCGGUACCUUAAUAUUAUAUCUGGUUGCAGUGUCGACAUGCUUUGCAUGGGAAGGAUUGAGUGAGCUAACAUUCCCCGAGAACUCCCAAGUUCGACCUUUCCCUAUCACCCGACGCAACUACACCCUGGUGGAUGAUCCCGUGCGCCAGGAGUUAAUGGACGGGCAAGGACCACCCUUACAGCCGCCCCCACCCGCGAUAUAUCCGCUGACCCCGCAAAAACGCAUACAGGAUCUCAAGGGCGAUGUUGUGGAGUUCCAUGAGAACAAUCCUUUCCUGCCGACAGUAUGAGCGCGGGUUUAGCUCUAGUAGCGGCAUGGAAGAGGGAGUGCGCUCGGAAUUAGCAGAACUGCAGAAAGACAUCGUUACGGCCGUCAUUUAAAUUAAGGAAGUAAUGAUAUUAAACAGGGAAUGUUUGUCAGCACCAUACAUCACCUGCGAAGCUGAUCAUGUGGAACGCGGUCUGCCGUUCGAAAGCGGAGAAUACUGACUAACUGAAUGUUUUUUGUUUGAUGGCGUCGUAGUCGAUAUCGUGGUAGUUUUGUACCCGUAAUUUCCAUUGGCCAUGCUCAACAUUAACGACUCAGAAAGUAAUAAAUUAAG